AUGCCGUCGCCCGUUCGCGCCAGUGCUACUUCAUCGAUCCGUAGACUUUCACAGACCGCACGUCAGCUGUCCAACGGAAUCGCUUCCUCGAUCACCACCAUGGCUUCAGCUCAGGACUACAAGACGCGUCCCGUCGGAGCGCCUAACACGCUCGACUACCGAGUGUACCUCGAGAACACCAAGACGGGACUGCCCGCCUCGCCUUUCCACGAUGUGCCGCUGUUCGCCGACGAGAGCAAGACGAUCCUCAACAUGAUCGUCGAGAUCCCGCGCUGGACCAACGCCAAGAUCGAGAUCAGCAAGGAGGACAACUUCAACGCGUUCAAGCAGGACACCAAGAAGGGCAAGUUGCGCUUUGUGCGCAACUGCUUCCCGCACAAGGGCUACAUCUGGAACUACGGCGCCUUCCCGCAGACCUGGGAGGACCCGCACCACACCCACCCGGACACCAAGGCCAAGGGCGACAACGACCCGCUCGACGUGUGCGAGAUCGGCGAGCAGGUCGGCUACACGGGCCAGAUCAAGCAGGUCAAGGUGCUCGGCGUCAUGGCCCUCCUCGACGAGGGCGAGACCGACUGGAAGGUCAUUGUCAUUGACGUCAACGACCCCUUGGCCAGCAAGCUCAACGACAUUGAGGACGUCGAGCGCCACCUCCCCGGCCUCAUCCGCGCCACCAACGAGUGGUUCCGCAUCUACAAGAUCCCCGACGGAAAGCCCGAGAACCAGUUUGCCUUCUCUGGCGAGGCCAAGAACCGCAAGUACGCCACCGAAAUCGUGCACGAGUGCAACGAGGCCUGGAAGAGGCUCAUCAGCGGUCAGGCCGACGCUGGCGAGAUCAGCCUGACCAACUCGUCGGUGCAGGGAUCCAAGGGCUUCGUGGGUGCUCAGGACGCCGCUGUGACCAGCGUGCCCAAGGCUAACCCCUUGGCCCCUGCCCCUAUCGACGCUAGCAUCGACAAGUGGUUCUUCAUCUCGAGCUCGUCCAACUGA